AUGGUAGACGACGUGUUUAAGCGAAACCGGUCGACGUCGGCGUCGGCAGCCCUCACUCUAGGUCCGGGAGACGACACCACGACCGCCAAAGACUCGGGCAAAGAGAUCACGUUCCCCCAACGGCUCAAGAGCUUCUUCAAGUUCAACAACACAAACAGCCCCGUGGCCAACUCGGGCAACGGCCCCGACGAAGAAAUUGCAUUCCCCAAAUACGACCCCACGCCCACGAUCCAUGUCCAGGGCGUCCCGGGCGCGUCCAACACCUCGCCUCCGCCUGACGACAAGGAGACCAAAUCGUCGUUCAAACAGCGGUUUCUGCGGGGUAGAUCGCCCUCCACCCCCUCCACCAAGGACACAAACACACCCGACCAGCACAACCAACACCACGGCUCCGUCCCCACCGUGCCGGACAUCCCUUCCGAGUUUGCCCCCAAGUUGCAUUACCCCAAACACCUGGCAGCACACACCCCGGAGGACGAGGCCGUCGACCCCAUGGACUCCACCAAGCCUGUCCCCGUGGUCGACGAGUGGCCCGUUCAGCCUGCGCAUAUGAGCGGAUCCGCCUCUCCCAACUCGCCAAACUUCCACUCGCCUCCUUCCUCACCCUCCCCCAACAACAAUAGCAACAACUACAACUACAACAACAACAACAGCAGCAACUACGGAGGUCUCGGCGUGCCCGGACAGCAUCCCCGUAAGAACAUUCGACGGGUGGCUUCAGAACCCAACGUCAAGAAUGCCAUUUCCAACUCGCAUUCUCACUCCGGUGGCCACCAUCAACAGCAUCUGCCUAUUAUUCCUGCCGGCUCGGAAGAUGUGCGUCUGCAGGACCUCGUGCGGGAGGAGCAGCAACAUCCCUCGGACCCCAUUACCGACAGAGACCGAACCCACUCUGCGCCUCUCAACGACGGCAUUAAUCACGGAAACGGCAGCCACGGCCAGAACAGCCGCUCCGGAUCAGCCACCCCCCAGUCGCGAUCUCGAACCAACUCAAAGUCGUUUGCACGAACCUACUCAUCCAACUCGAUAAAGGUUUGUGAUGUGGAGGUGGGGCCCUCGUCGUUCGAGAAGAUCCGACUGCUGGGACGGGGAGACGUGGGAAAGGUGUACCUGGUCAAAGAGAAGAAGUCAACCAAACUAUAUGCCAUGAAGGUGCUAUCCAAGAAGGAGAUGAUCAAGCGAAAUAAGAUCAAGCGAGCAUUUGCCGAGCAGGAGAUUCUCGCUACAUCCAACCACCCCUUCAUCGUCACCCUCUACCACUCCUUCCAGUCGAAUGACUACCUGUACCUGUGUAUGGAGUAUUGCAUGGGAGGUGAGUUUUUCCGAGCGCUUCAGACCCGCGAGCGAAAGUGUGUGGCGGAGGCCGACGCACAGUUCUACGCUGCCGAGGUGACUGCUGCUCUGGAGUACUUGCAUUUGAUGGGAUACAUCUACCGGGAUCUCAAGCCCGAGAAUAUUUUGUUGCAUCAGUCUGGCCACAUCAUGUUAUCUGAUUUCGACUUGUCCAAGCAAUCGGAGCAGCUUGGUGCACCAACUAUCCAGAGCUCCACCAACGUGCCCCAAUUGGACACCAAAUCGUGCAUUGCAAACUUCAGAACCAACUCGUUUGUCGGCACCGAGGAGUACAUUGCUCCCGAAGUCAUUCGGGGUAACGGACACACUUCCGCGGUGGAUUGGUGGACCUUGGGCAUUCUCAUCUAUGAGAUGCUGUUCGGCAUGACUCCCUUCAAGGGCAAGAACAGAAACCUGACCUUCUCUAACGUUCUGAAACAGGAAGUCAACUUUCCCAGCGGCUCGGGAUACCAGUCCAUUUCGUCGUCGUGUAAGAAUCUGAUUCGAAAGCUGCUGAUCAAGGAUGAACACAAGCGAAUGGGCUCCAAGGCUGGUGCAUCUGAUAUCAAGAACCAUCCCUUCUUCAAAAACACACAGUGGGCUCUGCUACGAAACCAAACGCCUCCCUUGGUUCCUGUUCCUAGUCGGGGAGCUGAUGCUGUCAACUUCCGAACCAUGAAGGAUUCUUCGUCGGUGGACUUUGUGACCGACAAGAAGCAGGACAAGUCGAUAUCGUCGGUGCUGUCGGUCAACACUGACCGAUCAUCAACCAAUUCAGUGGCGGGACCUCGAAGUUACGGGCGGGAGGGCGAUUACGACCCCUUCCAGAAUUUCAACUCUGUCACUUUGCAUCACGUGGGAGCAGACAGCGAGGGCGAAGACGACGACGGAGACAUCACGAUUACUAAUCAGGAUAUUCCACAUACUUUCCAGCCCAACCCGGCCAAGAGUCCCAACAUGAAGAACAGUUCGGGGUUCUUCUUUGGAGGUCAGAAAGAUAAGCUGUGGAAGACGAAUCGAACGUGA